AUGGAUUUCGGGUCCUUGGAGACUGUCGUGGCCAACUCUGCCUUCAUUGCUGCCCGGGGCAGCUUUGAUGGAAGCAGCACCCCGUCUUCCCGGGACAAGAAGUAUCUGGCCAAGCUCCGGUUGCCCCCGCUGUCCAAGUGCGAGAGUCUCCGCGACAGCCUCAGCCUGGAGUUCGAGAGCCUGUGCUCAGAGCAACCCAUUGGCAAGAGGCUCUUCCAACAGUUCCUGAAGACAGAGGAGAGGCAUGUGCCAGCCCUGGAGCUCUGGAAGGACAUCGAGGACUAUGACACAGCCGACAACGAUCUGCGGCCGCAGAAGACACAGGCCAUCCUGGCCGAGUACCUGGACCCACAGGCCACACUCUUCUGCAGUUUUCUGGACCAGGGCAUGGUGGCAAAGGUGAAGGAAGGGCCAAUGGGGAGCCAGGACGGCCUCUUCCAGCCUCUGCUGCAGGCCACGCUGGAUCACUUGAGCCAGGCCCCCUUUCAGGAGUACCUGGGAAGCCUGUACUUCCUGCGGUUCCUCCAGUGGAAGUGGCUGGAGGGCCAGCCCAUAGGCGAAGACUGGUUCUUGGACUUCAGGGUUCUGGGGAAAGGGGGCUUUGGGGAGGUGUCGGCCUGCCAAAUGAAGGCAACUGGCAAGAUGUACGCCUGUAAGAAGCUCAACAAGAAACGGUUGAAGAAGAGGAAGGGCUACCAGGGUGCCAUGGUUGAGAAGAGGAUUCUGGCCAAAGUACACAGCAGGUUCAUUGUGUCUCUGGCCUACGCAUUUGAGACCAAGACUGACCUCUGUCUGGUGAUGACCAUCAUGAAUGGAGGUGACAUAAGGUACCACAUCUACAAUGUGGAUGAAGAGAACCCUGGCUUCCCAGAACCACGAGCAAUCUACUACACGGCCCAAAUCAUCAGUGGUCUGGAGCACCUGCAUCAGAGACGCAUUGUGUACCGGGACCUCAAGCCGGAGAAUGUGCUGCUGGACAAUGACGGCAAUAUCCGAAUUUCUGACCUUGGGUUGGCCGUGGAGCUAAAGGAAGGGCAGAAUAAGACCAAGGGCUACGCGGGGACCCCAGGUUUCAUGGCCCCUGAGCUCCUCCGCGGUGAAGAAUACGACUUCUCCGUAGACUACUUCGCCCUGGGGGUCACAUUGUAUGAGAUGAUUGCAGCCAGGGGACCCUUCCGAGCCCGAGGAGAGAAGGUAGAGAACAAGGAACUCAAGCAGCGCAUCAUCUCAGAGCCCGUGAAGUACCCAGACAAGUUCAGCCAGGCCAGCAAGGACUUCUGUGAGGAACUGUUGGAGAAGGACCCGGAGAAGCGCCUGGGCUUCCGGGAUGGGACCUGUGAUGCACUCAGGGCAAACAUCCUCUUCAAAGACAUCAGCUGGAGGCAGCUGGAAGCCGGGAUGCUGAUCCCUCCAUUCAUCCCAGACUCUAGGACUGUCUAUGCCAAGAACAUACAGGACGUGGGUGCCUUUUCCACAGUCAAGGGUGUGGUUUUUGACAAAGCGGACACGGAGUUCUUCCAAGAAUUUGCCUCUGGCAACUGCCCCAUUCCCUGGCAGGAGGAGAUGAUUGAGACUGGUAUCUUUGGGGACCUGAAUGUGUGGCGCCCAGAUGGUCAAAUGCCGGAUGACAUGAAGGGAAUCACUGUGGAGGAGGCAGCCCCUACAUCCAAGUCAGGAAUGUGUCUCAUCUCCUAGCCAAGUAUCUGAGGGAAGCAGGGAGCUGGUGUGUAAAGAGAGGAAAGUGUACUGAGCUCAUGGGAAAAAUGCGACCUUGGUGUCAGCCUGUACUCACUCCACCCAGAUCACCCGGCAACUGUGGCUUCUUGUGGCGCAAGCAAGACUUUCGGUCUAGACCCUACAGACUUGGCAUAUUUUUGUCAUAUUUCAUUCAAAAGAGACAAAAAGGCCACAGGUUGAAUAGUAAGAUACAAAUACUCAAAGAACCUCUGUGUAUAGAUGUGUGGCCAGGAGCUUGGAUGGUCAGAAACCCACAUUCAGCAUGGAUCUCCCAGUACUUUGAGUUAAUAUUUCAGGGCUGUACCUGGGGGUCUACCCCAGACCCCUCCUUGCCUGCUUCCUGCCUCCUCAGCUGCCUUUACUGAUCACCACCUGCUCCAUGGACCCCAAUUUGGAGCUACUGAGUCUUCAGGGAGUAGAAAGGAUAGACUGACCUGGACUUAGCUGAGAGUCAUUGCCUCCUCUCGAGAAUGGAGACAGCUACCUCAGACAGCUACGGUCUCUGUCCUCGGCCAACACCAUAUGUGGUAUAUACUCAAAUUGUCAUAGUCAUGUCACAUGUGGUGGGGGCCCAAGUCUUUAUAUGCUAAUGUCAUGUGUGGCGGAUGCUUGAGCAAAGACACGCCAUAUGUGGUGUAUGCCAGAGUCCUCACACAGUCAUUACACCUGUAGUGGGUAUCUGUGUUCUCAGGCCAUCUUUGUGCCACACAGCCUCUCCUCGUUUGUGAGGAAAGGUGACCGAUAUAUACCCAAUAAUUUUGGAAGAUUGCUGGAUAAAGCCAGCACUGGACUGCAACACUGGACCGGUGUCCCCCAAGUUGUGCAGGGUAUAAGCAUCUGUCAAGAACAUGCCACCAAUAAACCCCAGGCCAGCUGCACUGUGGGGAAGUUCAGAUAUUGCUAUAGAGGUGCCUUGCACACAUGAUAUCCUGGGGACUAAUGUUGGAUGCUAAAGAAGUCCGUGCCAGGAUUCUGCUCUUCUUGGAGAAUCUGACACUGUGGAAUUGUGGGGUGCUCUGGAGGGUCCUUGGGGCAGUGUCCGUACCUCCUGGACCAUGGCCUGGGACCCCUUGGGACCCAGUAGUCCUGUGGCUGAUUAGUGCUGAGUGCUGUAGAUAAGGCAAAUCUCCCAUCAUCCCUUCCCUGUUCACUCCAUCCUGCAGAGUAUCACACAUGUAUCAAGUCCUGGAUGCAUGUUUUAUUUUAUUAUAUUCUGGAGCUCAUUUUAAUAGGCUCUGGGUUGAAGACACUGGCAGUUUGGCUGUCUCAUCCUGGUCUUCACUGGGGCAGAGGAGUGUGAAAAAGGUGGGUUUUGGCAGCCUCAUCAGGUUUUGGGGAGGCCUGGUCCUUGUUACACUAGCCAUCAUUCCUGUUUGCCCUGCCCAGAGCUCGUGGAGCUGACGGUGGAAUCUGUGUGGCUGCAUAGACUCAGUGCCAGCCCCCACCCUGCACCAUAGACUAAAGAGCAAGACAUACAGUCCAGUUUAAAUUUCAGAUGACUAGUGAACACUCUCCCAGUGUAAGUAUGUCUCAGCCGUAUUUGGGACACACUUACACUAAAACUAUUCAUUGUUUGUCCGAAAUUCAGAUUUAAAUGGGUGCCCUGUAAGUCUUUUCAAACAUCUAAAUCCAGCCAGCCUGCUGCAGACCCAUCAACAAGAAGGGAUGGGAUUGGGAGCCAUGCUGCUUUGCUUUUCUGUGUCUCUUAGGGUCUAAUCGGGGAGGUCUCUUCUCGCUCGGGCCCACUCACAUACGUAAGCUUGAGUGUCACUCAAAGGGAUCCAUUCUAAGGCUCAGUUAGUGAGCACAGACACCCAGCAGCCAUGUUCUCGGUUGUCCAUGCAGGGCACUGCUAGCUUUACCCGAGGGGUGGUACUGAGUGAAGGAUGAAUUGCUUGCUCUGUGCUCUCUGGGUGGAGAUUUUAGCCAACUCCUGUCCUAAAGCUUUCUUUGACCGUUUUAGGGGACCUCUACCAUAGGUGUUCUCUCAGGGAUAGUGACCUUUUGGUCUAAAGAGCUUCCCCCAUUCCCACUGUCCCUCCUCAUCACCAGAGCUUAGAAACUCCUAGGUCCUAGAGCUCAGGUCUUGCUUGGACGCUGACCCCAGGGAGCUGCAACUUAUUCACUCUGAUUCUGACAGCUGCCAGCCAUCUUGGUUAUAAUCUCCCAGAAAGACAGCUAGCAGAGGACCAUCACCAGUUGAAAGAUGUCAUGGACGCUGCUACACAGGCCUGUGCUAGGGACUCUACAGGAAGGGACCUUUUUAUCCUCAAGAUGAGGAGACAUCUCUCAGACUAGAAGCCUACCUGGGAGCCCUGUGAGAUACAGGCUGUCUUGUACCCAGGUCGCCAGCAUGCGGUGAACUGUUUCACGUUUGACCACUCAGAGAUAUACAGCUGUGGUGAGAUUCAUUUCUGCAAUGGCUCUAGUAAUUCUUCACCCUCAGAAGGGACCUGGUAGAGGAGGCACUUUAGACGAGACAGAGAGGACUCUGGGAGUUGGAGGUCAUCUAGUGAAUGGCAGGAACCCACCAUGAACAGUAGGGCCGUGUCAGCUUUUGCGGCGUAUUCAAACUGGGUUUGGACUUCAUUCCUUUUUUUGGAUUUUAUUGAUAAUUAUAGGAAUAAUUAUCAAGGAUGAUGAAAUUCUCCAGCAGGCCCUGGAACUCUUUCCAAACCCAAAAUCAUGUCACAAGUGGUCUGGGAGGCUAAACACCCAAGUCUCCAGCUAUGGUUUGAUGAAGGUUUUAUGCAUGCCCCAAGGUCUGUAUCUCCUGUGAGGUAAUGUGGGUAGUAGUGGGGACUUUCAAAGGUAGAGGAAAGGAGCUGGUCUUUUGUGGGAGUUCUUUGGAAAGGCUUAGCUAUUUCUGUGGGGUUCUGUCUGGGCUGUAAGAGAGUGGAUUCCUCUAUGGGCGUGGGUCUAACCCUGAGCCCCCUGGCUUCCCGGCUGUCUACAUUCUCUUUGUGAGUCCACUGUGCCAUCACCAGAGGCCACUCAUCUUGGCUUUCCAGCUUCCAAAACUGUGGGUUAAAUAAACCUCUUCACAAAUUACCCUGUCUGUGGUUUGUCAUAGCAAUAGAAAGUGAACUGUCAACUUUAGAAUUUUACCAAACAAUGUAGACUUCUGGUUCUAGACAAGAUGGUAUAUAUACACUGUGGUGGUUUGAAAAGGAAUGGCCCCCAUAGGCUCAUAGAUAUGAAUGCUUCAUCAUUAGGGAGUGGAGUUACUUGACAGGGAUUAGGAGGUGUGGCCUUGUUGGAGUGGGUGUGGCCUUGUUAGAGGAAGUGUUGUUUUUUUUUUCCUGGAGGUAGGCUUUAAGGAUUCAAAUGCUCAAGCCAGGCCCAGUGUCUCUCUCUUCCUGUUGCCUGCUGAUCCAGAUGUAGAACUCUCAGCUAUUCCUCCAGCACCAUGUCUGCCUGCAUGCCGCCAUGCUUCCUGCCAUGAUGAUAAAGAACUAGACCUCUGAAACUGUAAGCAAGCUCCAGUUAAAUGUUUUCCUUUAUAAGAGUUGCUGUGGUCUUGGUGUCUCUUCACAGCAAGAGAACACUGACUAAGACAGAAGUUGGUACCAGGGAGCUGGGUAUUGCUGUGACAGGCCUGGCCAUGCUUGUUGGCAGAAUGUGGACUUUGGGACUUUGGACUAGGAAAGCAUUUGAGUGCUUUUGAGGUUUAAUGGGUCAUGCUAGGAGGAGCGUGAAAGACAGUGGGGCUGAGAGCCGUGUAGAUUAUGAUGGCCUGGCUCAAAAGGUUUCAGAGGAAUAGAAUCUUAGUAAGCUGCCUAGAGACUGUUCUUGGGAUAUUUUCGUGAAGAAUGUGGCUGCCUGAGGCUAAAUAUAAGAGUUUUGGAUUAACGACAUUGGCAGAGGAGAUUUUAAAACAGUCUAUUAUUGAGAAUGUCAUGUGGUUACUAGUGGCCACUCUUAUGCAACUCUAUAGUGAAAAAGAGCAAGUUGAGCAAGGAAAAAUACAAAACGUACAGUUUGAGGAGAAAAAGGGACUCCAGGAAGUGGAAUGGAGCUAAGUCUUGUGCUCAAGGAGAUAGACAGAUUUAAGAAAAGUCUGAUGCUAAAUGGAAUAAUGGGAGUGGUGAUCUCAGACAAGACUCUACUCAGUUAAGCUUCUAAUUUGUGAAAAGGAAUUAACGAAAUCUUAAGAAGUAAAGGAAACAAUCAACAGAAAACAGAUGCAGAUGUAAUUGAAUAGGGGGGCCAUGUUCCAGCUCUAGCAAGCAGCAGAUCUUGGCAGCUUCAGCCGCAUGGUUUUGCUUUAGAGUCAAGGAUAGAAGAAAGGGGUGUGGAAUCUCCCUGUGAGACUAAGGAAAGCUGCUGAGGCCAGGCUGUCAAGGAUGUCCCUGUAUGGAGGCCCAGAGAGGCCAUUGCCUGAAGCUAUGAAGGAGAAGCCUGGAUUGCCUUGGAAACCCCAAGAUGUUGAAGAUGCCAGAGCUGUGGAAUAUCUGCCAAGAAAAGCUGCUAACAGGGAGUGGGACCAGCCCAAGAGAGAGAAGUGUGUUGCAGUCAACAAAGCUGAAAGGAGUUGGAGAUCUGAAGAGCACUUUGACAUCAGACAUGGGUAUGGGGAGUUGUUUGACCUGCUGAUUUUUGGUCUUGCUUUGGUCCAGUAUUUCCUCACUAUGGUCCCUUCUUUAUGUUUUAGAAUGGUAAUGUAUAUCCUGUGCCAUUGUAUGUUGGAAGUAUGUGAUCUGCUUUUUGACUUUUAUUUUACAGGGGCUUAUACUUAAGAGAUUGCCAUGAGUCUCAGGAGACACUUUGGACUUUUAAACAGUGUUGAAACUGUGAUAGACUAUGGGGACUUUUGAAGUUGGACUGAAUGCAUUUUUGUAUUAUAAUAUAGCUACAAGCCUUUGGGGGUCAGGGAGUGGAAUGUGGUGGUUUGAAUUGGAAUGACCCCUAUAGGUUCAAAUAUUUGAAUGCUUGGUCAUUAGACAGUAGCACUACUUGAGAGAGAUUGGGAGUGGGUGUGGCCUUGUUAGAGGAAGUGUGUUCCUGGGGGUGGGUUUUGGGGUUUCAAAUGCUCAAGCCAGGCCCAGUGUCUCUCUCUUCUUGCUGCCUGUGCAUCAGGAUCCAGAGCUCUCAGCUCCUUCUCCAGUACCAUGUCUGCCUGUGUGCUGCCAUGCUACCCGCCGUGAUGAUAAUGGACUGAACCUCUGAA